GCAGCCGCGCGCAGGCGUGCGCAUGGCCCUCGUGUGACAGUCGCGCCCCGAUCCGCGACGCGACGCCCGGCUCGCCGGGAAUGGAGGCCUGCUGCGCGAUCAGAGCUGCCGAGGACCUUGUGGGCGACCAGAUUGUCCCUGGCGGCAGUCGCUGGGCCGCACCGCACGCGCCUGGGCUUCUCGACUCAUGGUUUCAGAUGCAGAUGCAGACAUCUGACUUCGAGUCACUGCUUUGCAAGCAGGAGGGCGCCUCGCUAGCGCCCGCCCACAUGGACCUUUUUGAUGGCGGCACUUCCUCUCGCGACGAUGCGUUCCUGCGGCCCGCUCUCUGGGAGGACAUCGCCUCCUCGAUCAGGAACAUCGAUCCCGAAAAUGCAAAUAUGCUCGCUCCCCUCGGAGCGACACAUGUCAAGCUGGAAGCGGAUGAUCCACUGCUUGAAGAAUGCGCUACGCCGCUACUCAGUCCCCUCGAGAUCAAGACGGAAAGGCUGUGCGGUCCGCCGACGUACGCACAGCCGCAGCCACCGCAGCACACGCCGCAGCCGCUGCCGCAGCCGGCCAGCUCGUUUGCCAAGUAUCCGCCGGCGCGCCUGGUCUACAUGUCUCCGCUGACGCCGCCAGGCUCCGACCAGGGCAGUCCAGGCAAUUCGAUGCAGGGCGCGGGUCGCCGGACGCCGCCGCCGCCGUACCACCCGCCGCCGCUGCUGCGGGCGCCGCACCCGCCGCCGCCGCUCCCGCACCAUCACCAACACCACCACCAGCAGCAGGCAAUGGUCCAGGUGUCGCCAAUGGGCGCGCAGCUGCCGGCGCCGGCGCAGCAGCACCACGCGCCGCACCACGCGCCGAUGCUGCACUCGCGGCUAGGCCCCGCCUCUGUCAAGUACAACCGGCGCAACAAUCCAGAAUUAGAAAAAAGAAGAGUACACCACUGCGACUUCAUGGGUUGCACGAAGGUAUAUACAAAAAGCUCUCACCUGAAAGCACAUCAGAGGAUACAUACAGGAGAGAAACCUUACACUUGCCAAUGGCCGGAAUGCGAGUGGAGGUUCGCGCGGUCGGACGAGCUAACGCGGCACUACCGCAAGCACACGGGCGCCAAGCCCUUCAAGUGCGCGGUCUGCGAGCGGUCGUUCGCCAGGUCCGACCACCUCGCGCUGCACAUGAAGCGCCACCUGCCCAAGACCUCCAAAUGACACGCGCGGAGGGGCGGGGACCAGCCUCCCGCGCCCCAAUCUACACCGGAGGAAUGCAGUGACACCAUCUUCUUGGAGUGCGACCUCGACACAAGCUUGAUGGACACGUUCUAUGGCGCGCUGUGAUGCGCCGAGUGCGCGCACGCGAACAACCAGGAACUCAAACACGACGGCCCUGCGGAAACUUGGAAAAUCAACAAAUCCACUAAAAACGUAUGCUGCUGUAUCGAUACCUUAAAGUAAAAAAUUUACUCCACAUUCCUUUAACUUUACAGUAAUCAUUCGGUAUAUAAUUGUUGUUUAGCAAGAAAUAAUUAAAUGCAAUUACGAGUACAAUAAAAAUGUACGUGUCGUAUAGUUUAACAAAACCGUUGUUCAUAAUUAUGUUUUAUAAAGCUGUGCCUAUUUUUCAAACAUUAUUUAAAGAUCGAAUAUUGUAUUGGUAGCUAAAUUUAGUUAUGUUUUUUUUCGAUUGGGGUUUAUAAAUAAUUUAUAUUAAGUGUCGAUCUUGAACGAAAUCGGAAUAGUAAAUAAUGCUUUAAUGUUUCUUUUAUUACGUAUUAAAUAAUGUGAAAAUUGCAUGCUCAAUAAAAUUGAGAAUGCCUAAAUACCUAUACAAUUACCAAUGACUGACUAAUUUUAUUGAGCAGUGUUUAAAAAGUAACAUUAAACCUUGUUGAACGA